CUGUGACUUCCCGUAUAUUUAUAGAAGACAUUUUCUCCAGUUACUGCUUUUUGCUGAAUACCCUCCACGGCUCGUAAACAACAAUACAGGCGUUUGGUCCAAUUUAUCGUGUCUCGCUUUCUCUGAUUGUUGGGGAAUAGAUAUGUAUGGUGUUAAACGUUUUAAGUUAAACUGUUACGAUGUGCACGGCCCCUGUUCAAAGUCAGGGUUUUUUUUUUUCUUGGCCUGACGGUAACUUGCUAAUGUUUUUGGAGCAGGCCUGGAAAUGUUGGGGCGCGGGGGAACGGAGUCCAGAUCCCUCUCUCCCUGUCUCCACCCUGCACUUGCUGGUUCCCCCACUCCAACUCCUCUCUGCAGCCAUGUGGCAAGUGCUGCAGCAGCAAGACGUGUUGCAUUAUGGGAAACUGGAGGAGUUUGUGUCUCUGGUGAUGGAGACGUUCCCAGAGCUGCUGAGUGAGAGCCAGAGGACCGAGCUCACUCUGGGGCUGCAGGACAUGUCCCCAGCAGAGAUUGGCUGUAAAACUGACCCAGCUCUAGAGGUUCUGUUGUGGGAUUUCCUUUCCAGACUGGAACAGCUGCUGCCGGUACCAGACCUCAAACAGACAGUGUCCUGGCUCAGUGCUGCCCCCUCUGUCCUGGAGGUCUGUGUGCAGUCUACUUCUUACACAGACCAGCUGAAGACCCUUCUCAGGCACCACAGAAGUCUUGGACAGUUGGACAUGAAUGGGACACUUCCCUCCAUGGAGGACUACAAGCUGUCCUCUAUGUCCCGCCCUCCCUCUCAAAGAGUGGUGGAUUCUACCAAGUUGACGAACAGCAAGAGCCAAUCGGAAUCCGUAACUGACUGCAUGAACUGUUUAAGCCCCGCCCCUUCAGAUCCCUCUCUCCCUGUCUCCACCCUGCACCUGCUGGUUCCCCCACUCCAACUCCUCUCUGCAGCCAUGUGGCAAGUGCUGCAGCAGCAAGACGUGUUGCAUUAUGGGAAACUGGAGGAGUUUGUGUCUCUGGUGAUGGAGACGUUCCCAGAGCUGCUGAGUGAGAGCCAGAGGACCGAGCUCACUCUGGGGCUGCAGGACAUGUCCCCAGCAGAGAUUGGCUGUAAAACUGACCCAGCUCUAGAGGUUCUGUUGUGGGAUUUCCUUUCCAGACUGGAACAGCUGCUGCCGGUACCAGACCUCAAACAGACAGUGUCCUGGCUCAGUGUUGCCCCCUCUGUCCUGGAGGUCUGUGUGCAGUCUGUUUCUUACCCAGACCAGCUGAAGACCCUUCUCAGGCACCACAGAAGUCUUGGACAGUUGGACAUGAAUGGGACACUUCCCUUCAUAGAGGACUACAAGCUGUCCUCUAUGUCCCGCCCUCCCUCUCAAAGAGUGGUGGAUUCUACCAAGUUGACGAACAGCAAGAGCCAAUCGGAAUCCGUAACUGACUGCAUGAACUGUUUAAGCCCCGCCUCUUCAGAUCCCUCUCUCCCUGUCUCCACACUGCACCUGCUGGUUCCCCCACUCCAACUCCUCUCUGCAGCCAUGUGGCAAGUGCUGCAGCAUCAAGACGUGUUGCAUUAUGGGAAACUGGAGGAGUUUGUGUCUCUGGUGAUGGAGACGUUCCCAGAGCUGCUGAGUGAGAGCCAGAGGACCGAGCUCACUCUGGGGCUGCAGGACAUGUCCCUAGCAGAGACUGGCUGUAAAACUGACCCAGCUCUAGAGGUUCUGUUGUGGGAUUUCCUUUCCAGACUGGAACAGCUGCUGCCGGUACCAGACCUCAAACAGACAGUGUCCUGGCUCAGUGCUGCCCCCUCUGUCCUGGAGGUCUGUGUGCAGUCUACUUCUUACACAGACCAGCUGAAGACCCUUCUCAGGCACCACAGAAGUCUUGGGCAGUUGGACAUGAAUGGGACACUUCCCUCCAUGGAGGACUACAAGCUGUCCUCUAUGUCCUGCCCUCCCUCUCAAAGUGUGGUGGAUUCUACCAAGCUGACGAACAGCAACAGCCAAUCGGAAUCUUCAGGUGAAGACAUAAAUGCAGAUUCUCUCAUAGACAGCUCAGAUUACAGAGGGUUGGAGCCAAAGUCAAGUUUGAACAGAUGGGAAGACACAGAGGAGAAGACAGAGAGGAUGAGUGGAUAUCUGUUGAGCAGAGAGCAAGAAUACAAACUAACCAACAUGAAGGAGGAAGAGGAAUAUGGUGAGUGGCAGAGUGAGAUAAUGGAGUUGGACGAUGGUGUGAAGGAUGAAGAGAGAGACUGGAAGGAGGAAGGAAAAGAGAGGGAUAAACAGAGGGAGGGAUGUGCAGCUAUCGAUCAAGCUAUCCAAACCGACAGACUGGUGAAGAACGAAGUAAAAUCAAACCAUGUUCAACAGGAAGAGGAGGAGGUGUCUUCCUUGGUGACUUUCUGUCUGUUGCAACAGCACAGAGAGUGGAUUCCCCAACUAGAAUUUACUAAUAGCUCAGUUCCUGUGCCGUCACCUUUGUCGUCUCAGUUGGAGAGACCCUUGAAACUGCUGCCAUCUUCAUCAGAGAAUGGGAUCUGUGCUGAGGCGUCCCUUAUUUUUCCUGUCAUCUCCCCCAGGAACCAAAACGCAGGACAAGCUGCUGAGGUGUCGUCUCAGGUCUUUGCCUGCUGCCAGUGCCCAUUCGUUCACACAGAGGAAGUGAAUCUUCAGCAGCACAUUGAGAAGGUUCACCCAGAGGAGCUCAACAGGACUCUGGGGUCCCAGAAACCUCCCAGGAACACACAUCAGCACCACACCCCCGCUAAGACGCUCUCCACCCUGACACAGUCCCACACAGGCACUCCAGGGGCCCACCCAUGCUCCCAGUGCGGGAAGACCUUCAAAUCAAAAUUUCUGUUGACCACACACAAAGAAAUGCAUAAAAGAGAGCGUCCGCAUCAGUGCUCCCAGUGUGAGAACAGUUUCAGUAGUUCACAUUAUUUAAAGAUACACCAGCGAACCCAUACAGGGGAGCGCCCAUACCCCUGCUCCCAUUGUGGGAAGAGUUUUGCUCAAUCAGAUAAGCUGAAGGUACACGAGCGAAUUCAUACUGGCGAGCGUCCAUACCGCUGCUCCCAGUGUGGGAAGAGCUUCAUUCAGGCUGAUAAGCUGAACCUACACCAGCGCACUCAUACAGGGGAACGGCCUUACCACUGCUUCCUGUGUGGGAAGAGUUUCACUCAGUCUAGUACUUUGAAACAACAUCAGCGAACUCAUACAGGGGAGCGCCCUUACCACUGCUCCCUGUGUGGGAUGAGUUUCACUCAGUCGAGCACUUUGAAGCUACAUCAGCGAACUCAUACCGGGGAACGCCCGUACCUCUGCCCCCAGUGUGGGAAGGGUUUCAUCAGGUCAGAUCAAAUGAAGCAACACCAGAAAACUCACACAGGGGAACGCCCGUACCCCUGUUUGCAGUGUGAGAAGAGUUUUGCCAGGUCAGAUAAAUUGAAGCUUCACCAGCAAACUCAUACAGGUGAACACCUGUAACACUGCACCUCUCGGUGUGGGGUGAGUUUUGCUCGUUCAGACCACCUGACUGCACACAAUAGAAAUCACACGGGUUCUUCUGCUCCCAUUUUUAAAAAUUUUGUUCCGGUGUAGGAAGAGCUUCAGUCAUUCAAUAAUUGCCACAGACAGUUCAGCUAGAACAGGUAGUAAUAUGCAGUAUGUUCUGGUCAAAAAGGGGUACUUUACAGGGACUAUGAAAUGCAAGUUGCCGAAGAUGCAAAAAUUGAUUUGAAGAGUAUUUCAGUUUUGGAGUCAAAAAAAUUAAGCAUUUUCAUUACAUUGCUAGCAUUUAGAAAAUUGACUUUUCUACCUAAUGAGGUAGUUGUCCUUGGUCCUGACACAUCUGCACAGCUUCCUUUAGAGGGUGUAAAGAAUCACUGUAAAUGCUUGUUUAGUACGUUUUUAACUGUGUUGUCAGGCAUACUCUCUGCAUAAAUAAAGUCCCUUGUAAUUGGA